CGAGACCAAACAACAACUUGUUUUAAAAUGGCGGAAAAUUCUAAACGUGCUGGGACAAAUUUGAUGGCAAUAAAGUCAAAUAUUCUUUAACAAUGACCUGGUGUAUAAUUGUUACAUCCUGAUAACAGUAAACAGCUCAUGGUACAUUUGAGAUAAGAUGUCGAAAAAACUUUCAAAGAAACAACUGGAUAGUGAAUUUGAGGCAUUCUUGAGACAGUCUGUGUCAUCUGAUGAGUCGGUUGAAAUACCAGCACAUAAAAAAACCCCAGAUCUUUGGUGGAUAGAUGAUUCAGACCAGGAUGAUGUAUCCAAGAUUGGAAAAGGCAAAAGUUUCCUGAAGUCCAAGAAGCCUGUUGGUGAAAAGAAAAAGACAGAGCCAAAACAAAAAGAAAAGUUGAAGACUGACACAUCUCCCAAACUGAAGACAAAUCAAGACAAAGGAAAACCUCGCAGUAAGCUAGAGGUGCCUCCCAAGCGAAACCGAAACCGCCCUGAUGUGUCCAUGAGCAAAGACAGUUUAGAAGAUAUUUCUGAAAAGUCUGAGGAACAUGAGCUAGAUGGCAAACGAUCGGCUGUAACAGAUGCCAGUUUAGAUAGACACAGAGACACAGCAGAUGGUUUCGGUGAUGGACAGGAUCCAGGCAGAUCCACUGAUCCGGGGAAGGUUGGAAUGGACACACUGGAAGAAAAUGCUGAUAAACAGAGAUUCUUCAAGGAUCUGGAGGAGGAAGGCACGGUGGACUAUGGUCAGCUGAACCAGGAGAUGAGUCGGACAGAGUUUGGUUUGUCUCCGGGUGGAGUUGCUGCUGCCACCACGGCUGCCGGUAGUAUAGGUGUUUUUUGAUGAAUCAGG